CCAGUACACCAUAGAGAACCGGAAGACGCUUGAGCAGAAAGGCCCGGAAGGGAAAGGGACGGUUGAUACGGUGUGGUUUGGACUAGAAUGACCACUUUAGUGCUGGAUAACGGAGCCUACAACGCUAAAAUCGGUUACAGCCAUGAAAAUGUCUCGGUUAUUCCCAAUUGUCAGUUCAGGUCAAAAACAGCACGUCUUAAAACAUUUACUGCUAACCAGAUAGAUGAAAUAAAAGACCCUUCAGGACUCUUUUACAUCCUUCCUUUUCAAAAGGUUGAUUUUUUAGAUACUAAUAUUAUUAUCACAGAACCGUAUUUUAACUUCACUUCAAUUCAAGAAUCAAUGAAUGAAAUUCUAUUUGAAGAAUACCAGUUUCAAGCAGUAUUAAGAGUAAAUGCGGGGACCCUCAGUGCACAUAGGUAUUUCCGAGACAACCCUUCUGAGUUGUGCUGUAUUAUUGUAGACAGUGGAUAUUCUUUUACACAUAUAGUUCCGUAUUGUAGAAGUAAAAAGAAAAAAGAAGCAAUUAUUCGGAUAAAUGUGGGCGGAAAGCUCUUAACCAACCACCUAAAGGAGAUCAUCUCGUACAGACAGCUACAUGUUAUGGAUGAAACACAUGUUAUUAAUCAAGUGAAAGAAGAUGUGUGCUAUGUGUCUCAGGAUUUUUAUAGAGACAUGGAUAUUGCAAAGUUGAAAGGAGAAGACAAUACAGUAAUGGUAGACUAUGUUUUGCCUGACUUCAGUACAAUUAAAAAGGGCUUUUGUAAGCCAAGGGAAGAGAUGGUCUUGAGUGGAAAAUACAAAUCUGGGGAACAAAUUCUCCGUCUGGCCAAUGAAAGAUUCGCUGUUCCAGAAAUACUCUUUAACCCUUCGGACAUAGGCAUCCAAGAAAUGGGAAUUCCAGAGGCUAUAGUCUAUUCCAUUCAAAACUUGCCUGAAGAAAUGCAGCCACAUUUUUUUAAGAACAUCGUUUUGACAGGCGGAAAUUCCCUUUUUCCAGGAUUUAGAGAUCGCGUCUACUCAGAAGUUCGAUGUCUUACUCCCACAGAUUAUGAUGUUUCGGUUGUGCUGCCUGAGAACCCUAUUACUUAUGCCUGGGAAGGUGGAAAGUUGAUAUCAGAGAACGAUGACUUUGAAGAUAUGGUGGUGACGAGAGAGGACUAUGAAGAAAAUGGACACAGUAUCUGUGAAGAGAAAUUUGAUAUUUAAGGGACCUUUCUGAAUGCAAGUCUUGAUUGGUUGUAACUGAAGUUUAAUUUCAGCAUUUCCUUAAAGAAGGCUAAAGACCUGUGUUACUUUUCAGUCUAAGAUUAAGUCAUGUAAAUACUUCGAUCCAUGGCUGAUGUUUCAAAGGCUUCUUAGGGUUAUUCCAGUAAACUAUAAGUCAGCCCGUAUUUUCAUUUAGGAGCUGCACUCCCUUAGCAUUGCUUGUGCUGUUUUUUGAGAGUAGGUUAUUUUUCACUAGAAGGUGAAAGUGAAUGUAGUUUAAUUCUUUGUAGCUGAAGGCUACGAAUUUAACUGUCUCACUGGUCAGUUUUGUGUAGAAGGUAGUUUUGAGACUUUGACUAAUAAUUCGUCAAAGUGUUUAUAGGCUUAUAUGAUUUUUCUGUCUCUUAAAACAGUAUUGUAUUUAAAAGGUGUCAUUCUUAAUGUACAAUAAAGUUGGAAAAACUAAUAUACCA